AUGCAUGGGAAUUUUCGGGACCCAUUGUGGAAGGAAAUCGAGGGAAGGGUCGAGCUACUAUCGAGCGACAUAUCAAAGUAUAAAGAAGGUAUGAAAAACUAUUGUAAUGGCCCCCCUGAUCAAAGUACCAAGUUGACAGAAGCAGAUAGUAAUGCUUGUAUGCUUAUUACUGCAGGAUUAAAGCAUAUCUACGAAAUUAAAGUGGGCAAAGUAGAAAAGGGCGACCUAGCCAAGAAGAAUAACAGAAUAUUUAGACAAACAGCGGCAUGUAUCAUAUUAAAUGAACUCAUAAGGAAAUUAAGGGAUAAGGCAAAAUCUUGUACCCAGAUAAUAAGCAUAGAGGAGGGCAUAACUAAAGCAUUCAGUGUCAGCGAAGAAAUUAAGAAGGAAACUGCAUGCAAGGGUGAUAAUGAUUGUUUUGAGUGCAAACAGUUGGACUAUUCCAACUGUACAAUGAACAAAGAACGAGUGGGAAACAAGUUAAAGGAGAAAUUCAAUAGCGACAAAAAAAUACAGGAAGCACUGGAAGACAUAUAUCCACCUUCCAACCCCAACCCCAACUCCACUGGAACAGCCACUCUUAAUGAAUGGUUCACACGUUUUUCGAAGGAUGUAAUAGACGCGGAAAGACAGAACUAUGAAGAAUUAGAAACUGUACUAAUCUUAUGUGAAAGCUUGGAAACAGAGCUUGGUACCGGUAUGGGCAAAUACGCCGAAUUCUGUAAAAUAAUGAUGAAAAACAUAAUGUUAGUUACAGGCGUUCCAGAGCAAUAUAAAAACAAAGACGGAAAAACACCAUGUGAGAAGAAAGUGAAAAAUAUUCCCUUAUGUGAUUUAUUAAAAGCAUGGAUGUGGUAUAUGCACUGGUUUUGUGUUCCUACUAAGGUUAUAGAAUAUGUCAUUAAGGGGGCGAAUGGUGUAAGGACGAACUUCAUGAACCAAGGUGGGAAGUAUGAGGAAUGUUCUUAUGAUGCUGCAUUUAAGAUUCCUCUGGAAGACAAAAGGUAUAUGACAGGUGAAGCGGAUGAACUAUUUUCCAAAAGUACGUUGUAUCAUAAAAUAGAAGGAGAUACUAAGAAAACUUGGUGCGAAAGCAAUAAAUGGGAAUAUCGGGACCGUGAGACGAAGGAUUCAAUCAAACCACGAGCGGAUGAAGAGGAGGAGGAACAAAUUAUCAGUGAUGAUGACAACUCAAAUAACGUGCAGGAAAUUAUGAACCAAAUUAACGAAGUAUUAAAAAAGGAGGAAGCACCACCUGUCAAAGUUCCUGAAGUACCAAAGGAAGUUCCACCCAAGAAGGUUGUUUCUGAGGAGACGAAGGAACCUGUCCUUGAGAAGGAAGAUCCUUCCUCUCAGGAAAACGAAGUCGUCACCUCAGAAGACCCCUCAGAAGACCCCUCAGAAGACCCCUCAGAAGAAGAUCCUCCUCGGGAAGAAGAUCUUCCUGAGAAAAAGGAAGAAGUUGUUGCUGAGGAGGAACUUCCUGAGAGCGACGGAGAAGCAUCUGAGGAGGAAGAAAAACUAGCGUCGGGAGACGGCACUGAACAAACAGAGAAAGAAACAGGUUCACUACUACCGAAGACCGUCUUGAUGGGGUCGAAGAAGAAGCUAAAUCCGAAGAUGAAAAAGCAGCUACUCCUCCUGUGGAUGGUCCUCAAAAACCUGCUGAUACCACUCGAGAAAGGAAUCGAUCCUUUCCUUCCUUACUUUCCUUUGGCUCCUGCCGUGCUUGGUGUUUCUAUCAUGAGUUAUCUCCUUUGGAAGUACUUUGGAAUUCUUCGCAAGACAAGAAAACGUUACAGAAGAGCUCAUCUUGUACGUGGUCCAUCCUUAGAACAGCAGAUUGUUGAUCAUGUGGACGAAGGUGGUCCGCGUGAAUAUAUCUUAGUAAAGGAGCCCAAACCUCGUUCUACGUCUAAAAAAAGGAGGAAAAAACGUGCGAGUCGUCCUGUUAUUCGACGUACCAUUAUUGAUAUUCAUUUAGAAGUGCUAGACGAAUGUCAAAAAGGGGACCUGCAUUCGACGAAGGAAGACUUUCUUGAAAUUUUGGUUCAAGAGUUUAUGGGAUCUAAAUUCAUGAAAGAAGAAAAUCUUCCUAAGGAAAGUGUUCAAAGUUUAGAUUCCGGGAUAUCUUUAAGGAAGAGCUUCCAAGUUCAGAUUCCGGGUUUAGGGAAGAAAGACUUUGCUCCUAUGGAAGGUGUCCCUAAGGAACAGGUUCCAAGUUCAGAUUCCGGAUUUAAUGUUGAUGUUUCUACGGAGAAGAUGUUCCAAGUUCAGAUUACGGCUUUUAGGGUGUAG